AUGGUGAUAGCGGACGAUUUCAUGGGAAUGGAGGUCUCUGAUAGGUUCUCCAUGCAUCUAUCAAAUUUCGACUGCUCGAGUCCGGUCGCAAUUCCGCAUGGUGAUGGAACUGAUGGUCCUCCUUGCACUCCAUGUACACCUCCUCAUGAUGAACGUGAAUAG